AACUUCUUAUACAAUGGAAACACUGGUAUGUACAGUCAGAGCUGUGCAAGCCAGCUAUCAAGAGCAGAGGAAGGGAGGGGGAAGUCUUUUGGCAAGAUGAAGCCGAGAUAGUGGACCUAUAACAACCGGUCACUAAACCCAUCCUGCAAAAAGAACAAACAGUGUGACACAGCUCAGUGCGUUACAGGCUUCAUCCUCGGCUUCAAGUGAACCGUCUGAACACAAAAUGGGGAGCGGGUAUUCACAUGGAGACUACGGAGACAUCAUGAAGUUUAAGUCUUCUGGAGCUUCAGAUAUAACAGCCCAGCAGGACGGGCCGACGCGGGCUAAAGGUGUGGACGCAUCUCAUGCACUGGCAAAGAAAGAUUGGGAAAGAAUGAAUAAGUACAAGGAUGACAUCUUCUGUGUAGCAGCUCAACAUAAAGUCGAUCCGGCUGUUAUUGCUGGCAUCAUCUCCAGAGAGUCCCGGGCCGGAAAUACAAUAAAGGACAAUGGAGGCUGGGGAGACCAUUUCAAAGCCUGGGGACUGAUGCAGGUUGAUGUCCAUCCAGACGGAGGAAACCACAAAAAAAUAGGCGCAUGGGACAGUAGGGCGCACCUGUUCCACGCUACAGGGAUCUUGGUUGAUUUCAUCAAAAAGAUCCGUAAAAAAUAUCCAGACUGGAGCAAAGAGUAUCAGCUGGAAGGAGGGAUUGCAGCCUACAACUGCGGGGAUGGAAAAGUCGACCCUAAAGACGCGGAUAAAAACACGACAGGUGGAGACUACGCCAAUGAUGUUUUGGCCAGAGCUCAGUGGUACCGAGAGAAAUACAAUCCUAAGACUUUUUUUCUUUUCUGAAUAGCAAACUACAAAACAGAAAAAAACCCACAGAUGAUGUUUCUACUAAUCUGGCCCAAAGUGAGAAGAUUCUGAAAGAAAUGUAUAAAAUAAUAAUCUCUGUAUCCUCCCGUACUACUCACUAAAACUACUCUGCUGGUGAAGAUUAGAUACCGCCCGUCAGCGCGUAGCUGACAUGAUUGACAGGUGGGCGUGAUGUAACGGUUUGUUAGGAGGUUUAAAACCCGCCUCAGCUCCAG